AUGACUGUCCCUUGGGGAGGAUUUGGAAAUGUCAGCAACAGUAGCUUUGGUUUCCGGAUUGCUGCAGACUUUGUCCAAAAGGAGCUGACUCAAGAAGGAGUUAUUUGUGUCUGCAUCUUCCAGGCUCAGAACAAGGAGACUGGGGUCUUGGCUGCAGCCAAAGUGAUUGAGACGCAGAAUGAAGAAGAGCUGGAGGAUUACAUCAUGGAAAUUGACAUCUUGGCUGGCUGUGACCAUCCAAACAUUGUCCAACUACUGGAUGCCCUUUACUGGGAGGGCAAACUGUGGAUUCUCAUUGAGUUUUGCCCUGGGGGUGCUGUGGAUGCCAUCAUUCUGGAGCUGGAGAAAGGGUUGACCGAAGUUCAGAUCCAAGUGGUCUGCAAGCAAGUGCUGCAGGCUCUGGAAUACCUCCAUGCGUCUAAGAUCAUCCAUCGGGACCUCAAGGCUGGGAACGUCCUGCUGUCUUCUGAAGGCUAUGUCAAACUUGCUGAUUUUGGAGUGUCAGCCAAGAAUUCCCGCACUUUGCAGCGAAGAGCUUCCUUCAUCGGGACACCAUACUGGAUGGCACCCGAGGUCAUCCAGUGUGAGACAUCCAAGGAGGCCCCUUAUGACUACAAGGCUGACAUCUGGUCCCUGGGGAUCACGCUGAUAGAGAUGGCUGAAAUGGAGCCACCCCAUCACGAGCUGAACCCCAUGAGAGUGUUGCUAAAAAUCCACAAGUCCCCUGCACCCACUCUGCGCUAUCCUCAGCAAUGGUCUGAAGAGUUUAAAGACUUCCUGAGGAAAUCCCUGGAAAGAGAUCCUGAGAGCAGAUGGUCUGCCUGUCAGCUCCUGCAGCAUCCUUUUGUGUCAGAGGUGGAAGGCAGUGGACCCCUGCGAGAGCUGAUUGCAGAAGCCAAGGCAGAAGUCCUGGAGGAGUUUGAGGAAGAAGAGAUAGCAGCCUCCUUUUUGCCAAGUCAACAACAUAAGCAGUCCCUGUCCAGUGGCGGCAGUCCUCCUGUAGAGGCAGAGAAGCAUUCAAAAGACAGGAAGUUGUCCUUGGAGAAGCUGGACAGAAGCAAUACCACCAACAAAGAUGUCCAGCUCCUUCCUACAACUCUGGCAGUCAAAGAGAAUGCCUUUAAACCUCAGGUCACCGAGGAGAAUCAAGGAACCCUCCAGGAAAACCUCCAGGGAGAUUCUCCAAACAAGCCAGUUGAUGGUGGGGGUACCAAUUCCCUUGCUCAGUCUCCUGAUCCAGAGGGACCCGGGCUCAGCAGGCAGAGUUCCGUUGGUCCAAACCAAAGGUUGCUUCGGCCAAGAGCGGGCCGGACUACCAGUUUGAAGAAGCAGAUGAGACGCAAGUCUGCACCCGUGCUGGUCAUGCCCCUUGACUCUCAAGGUUCCAUGAAGCUUUCCUCCAAGGGCCCUUCAGAUAUCUUGAAAUUAAUGAGACAAAGGUCAUUCUUUGGUGGGUUGAAGUCCCACGAUAUUCUUGAUCCACCAGCCCAGGAGAUUCAUGAACCAUUGGCCACUCAAGGUGGAAAAGACCUUUUGGAAGAACAACCCUCUUCCAGCACUAAGCCUCAGGCCAGGCUAGACUCUCAGAGCAGUGACCUUCUUCCCAUUUCCAAGGCACUCUCCCCUGAACAAGACACGCUGAUGGACUGUACAACAGAGACUAAUUCCCCAAAUAAGCCACAGGAAUCACAGCUUUUCCCAUGCUUCUCCAUAAUCCUCCCUGAAGGACAGGAGGGACACCUGGCAAAAGAAGAAAUAACUCCUACUGACAGUAUGGCUUCACAGAUAGAGAGUCAGGAAAAUUUUGGCCCAGGCAUUCCAGAGCAAAUUUCUCCCCUUACUGUUAUCUGCCCCUCAACAGGAGACCAACAGCAAGUUAAUCUGGGACUGGAAGCCCCAACACCAACCAAUUCUACAGCAGUUCUGGAGAAUUCAGAGGAGAAGCAUGAUCCCAGAGGAAGCCUGGAGAAGAUUUCCUCAUCUGAGAGGCUGCCCCUUGGGCCAGAGAUGUGGAGUGAUCCCCUGUCUGAUAAAGAAAGGAAAGUCGGCUCUCCUUGCAAACAAUGGAAUGGGGAUGCACAGCUGGAGGGGCCCAAAGCUCAGCACCUGGCCAGAACAUUUAUGUCCAGUCUUCUCACUAAAGAUAAAAAGUCAGGAGAUGAGUGUGCAAUGGGGGCUUCCAAUCCCUGCCAGAUCAGGACCAGAUUCCUGAGCAUCCAGGACCCAAGGGCCCACAUUCAAACUAAGCUGCCUAAAGAUGCUGAAGAGCUAAUGUCAGAGAAUUCAGGACACUAUCUAUGCUGCCCUCAAGAGUCCUCCAGCUUAGGAGAUGAACUGGGUUGUGGUACCCAGAAUCCAACGGUACCACUCAAUGCAACACACUCCCCAUACCAAAAGGAACACUGCCCUCCAAAGCCAGAGACAAGGGGUAAAGAUUUGCUGCUGAGAGAAACACAAGAGUUAAAAACUGAAGAUGCCAAGAAGAACACGUCCCCAGACUCAACAGGGAAAUCAAAGAGACUCAGAGGACAGGGGGCUCAUUCCUUGGAAGAGGAAAAUCAAGGAGUGACCACACCGUUUGAAAAGAAAGAAGCACAGACAGAUAUCUCCAAAGGCAAGAAAGAGAACCAGGAAAUGGUAGGUGAUGUCUUUGUGGCCCCUGUAGAGACCUUUCUAAAUGUCAUGGAAGAUGCCCAACCCACACCCUCUGAAGGACCAAUUAGAGUCCCAGAGAAUUACCAGGACCCUGCCCUAAAGCUGGCUGAGACAACAGAAGCCCUGGAGAAGCCAACAGGGACAGAAAUCCUUGAGUCCAUGAAGGAUAAGAAAAAAGUUAAUUUCUCAGAAGGGAGCCUGGAACCCAGAACCAAUGGGAGAUCAUGGAAAGAAGGCAGAGUCCAGAAGACUGAGGCAAACCCUUUGGAGGGAAAGGACCCAAGAGACAACAAGAACCACGUGGCUGGUGAUGAUAUUCCCAAUGCCCGGCCUCCACCUGCUCCAAGUGACACUAGCCAGGGCCCCCUUUCCUUCAGGAAAACUGUAAAGAAAACACGCAAGUUUGUGGUGGAUGGGAAGGAGGUCAGUGUAACGACUUCCAGGCCUGUGCAGGAUGCUGACCACAAAGGAGAGAGUGUCCGUUCAGCCCGCCGAAAGGAGCUGCAAGAGCUUCGACUCCUUCAGAAGGAAGAGCAGAGGGCCCAGAGUCAGCUGGACCAGAGACACCAUCAGCAGAGGGAACAGAUGUUCCGACACAUAGAGCUGGAAAUGACGGGUAAGAAACAACACUACGACAGCCAAGUGGAGGCUGUGGACCGCCAUCACCAGCAGAUCACCGACAGGUUAGAAGCAGAGUAUACCCAGAGGCUCCAGGACCAGGCGAGGCACCUAAAAGCCAAGCAAGAGAAAGAUUACAAUCGGAGGUUGCCCGCACUGAGGGAGAGCAGGAAAGAGGAGCAGAGGUUUCUCCAGCAGCAGCAAGAACAGCUGAAUCAAGCGCUACAGAAACUGAUCCAGGAGCAUAAGAAAAAAGUGACCUCCAUUGAAUGGGAAUGCACUAGCAAAAUCCACAGCCUCAAAAGAGCCCGGGAGGCUAUAAUCUGGCAGCUGGAACAGUCUCACUUACAAGAUAAGUAUCAACUCUUCAAGCAGCAGGUGAAGGAACAGUAUUCCCUCCACAAGCAACAGUUGACCAAGCGCCAUGAAAAGGAUAAUGAACGAAUGCAUAGCUUCCACCACCUCCUUUUGGAAGAGUUGAAAAACCAGCAGGCCCAGGAGAGAACCCAGCAAGUAAAGUCUCAACGGUGUGAGACUAGGGUCCGUCUGGCUCAGUUCAAAGAGAGUCUCAAGCUACAGGACUUAAGUGGUGCUGAGCAUAGAGAUCAAAUCAAACAGUUCUUGCAGCAAGAGGAAGGACGCCAGAAGGCAGACACAGAGCAGCACCAGCAGAAGCACCAUGGACAGCUGCGGGAGCUGCAACAGCAGCUAGAGGCCAAUGUUCGGGAGGUGGAGCAGAUGCAGAAUGAGAAACUCCAGCGCCUGGUAGAACAGGAAAAGAAAAAGCUAACUGCCCUGGAUGACGAACACACCAUGGAGCUACGAGAGUGGCAGGAGAGGCUGGCUGCCAGAAAAGAGAUGCUGGAGGAAGAGCUGUCUAACAGAGCCCAGCUUCGUUUCCCAGGGCCCCGGCGAGGGAGCGAGCCGGCAAGGAGGCUUCAACGGCUCUUCCCUGUGUUCCACUUCCCUACUUAAUAACCUGCUUCUGUGUCAGC